UCUCCCUCUGCAUGCUCUCAUCUCGUCCUGCAGGAAUACACUCUCUUCCUCCGCCGCUGCAGCCCGACUCUGACACAACCGGCAUGUCUGCACACUGAGAGCCGCACACUGACACACAAUCCCUCUGCUGAGACCCACAACUUGUGAUUUCUUUCUCCCCAUCGAAGAAGGAGGAGGGUGCUUAUACCGCUACUGCUGCUGCUGCUGCGACGAGGCUUUUUUGGAGGGCUGAAGACUUGGAGGAGGAUCCAAACAAGGUCUGUCCCUGAUAACGUGACCAGUGAAGGAAGAGAACACAGAACUGCUUCAUCAUGAAUUUUGUAAUGAAAGCUGCGAUGGGAGGAGGUCCUCCUGAUGUGGGCAAGAUGCUCGGCGGGGAGGAGAAGGAGGAAGACCCCGACGCAGCAAAGAAGGAGGAGGAGAGGCAGGAGGCCCUGAGGCAGCAGGAGGAGGAGAGGAAGGCCAAGUAUGCCAAGAUGGAGGCUGAGAGGGAAGGCAUGAGGCAAGGCAUCAGGGAUAAGUAUGGCUUGAAAAAGCGCGAGGAGGCCGAAGCUGAGGCCGCCGCAGCUGCAGAGCAGCCCGCUGAGGGCAGCUUGACCCGGCCUAAGAAAGCCGUGCCGGCCGGCUGCGGCGACGAGGAGGAGGAGGAGAGCAUCAUGGACCAAGUGAUGAAAUACCUGCCAGGCCCGCUGCAAGACAUGCUGAAGAAGUAGGCGAGAGCCAACGAAUGCUAACGCUAACUAGCUUAGUUCAAGGGCUACAUUCACAGCGCUGGCUUAAAUCAGGGGUUUGUUUUUCAUCCACAUGACUUGAUCUGAACUUUGAGCUCCGCUACUUCAAAUAAAAACAUUGUUUUGGUCUUUUUUUUACGUUUGGACAAAUCACGAGUUUUAAUGGCGGGGGAAUGAGCCAGGCGUGAACCAGCUGUGUGAAUGGAAGCCGUUAGACUAAGCUAGGCUAGGUGGACGUUAGCUUGACUGAUGCUAACGUUAGCUCUGUUACACUGAUGAAGCUAACAGUGAAAGCAGAGGGGCUAAAAAAAAACACAACGUUGGAUGGUUUAUCCUUCUAGUCUGAGCAGUUUUAAACUCCUUUUUCUGUCCUCUGCGAAGAGCUGCCGAGCUUUCUCGCAGCACUGAAAAAUAAUCUCCCCUUUCACUCUUAUUUGUACAUAAAAUAAAUAAAAUACGUUACGAGCCUCGAGGUGGGCGAACAAUCAUAAGAUAUUAUAUGAAAUUAUUAUGCUAACUGUGUGUCUGUCUCUAAAAGAACAAAAAAAAUACAUGUGAUAACUUGAUAAGCCAUAUUUUAAAAAGAAAUGUAAAGACUGCUGUCGUGUGCCGUUUUGUGUUCGACCAUGUCUCAUGUUUAUGUCAAACUUUUUGCACACAGUGUUACACUUUUCUGUGUCAGACCUGUCGUCCGUCUGCCCGAUGCGCCCCCCCCCCGUAAUGCCCCCGACAUAAAGUGUGGUCGACCUCCAUGUAGUCUAGUGUUUGAAAUGUUUCUACUCCCCCCGUUCAGUGCGUCUCCUUCUCAUGUCUUGCAUGCCAUUUGUCUGGACAAGUUUGUUGUGUGGAAAUGUACAAACUCACCCCCCCUCCCCCCUCCUCCUUUCUCCUCUUCUUUGUCAUGCAAAAAAUAUUAAGGCAAUAACUCCUAAGUUUGAGUGUGUCACCUCCAUGUCGAUAUAACUGUUAGUGAUAUGAGUAGACGAAAAAAAAAAAAAAGACAACGAUACUAAUGCAUUCAGGAUGUUUAAUUUGCAGGGUUUUUAGACUUUUCUUUCAUGUUGUUUUUCGUUGUUUUUGGAUGAAGAAUGACCGUGUCACCGUUCCUACGACAGCCAAAACCUUAAGCUUUCAGCCAUAAAACCAGAACCUACAGAAUAUAUACUCGUACUAUCAGGAUCUACUACUUGGGAACGGAUACUGAAUGAGUCUGAGUGAAUAAAUAAAAACAUCUACAGCUUUGAUUUGUCAGAUACGGUUGGGGAUAGAUGUGUGUUUGUGUCAUGUGAAGAGAAACAGCCCCCCCUCCCUCCCCCUCCGGUCCACCCUCUGUACUCUCACAGUGUGGUGAAUAAAGUCAAACAGUUGAAAAGAAGACAUGAUGAUGUGAUUCCACUCGUUGGUGUAGACGUGAGAAUGAGACACAGAUGGCGACCUGAUAUGCCAUGAGCAAUAAAGGAUUAUCAUGUAUGUUUCUGCCUGAACUUCAAUAAAAACUUUAAACCUUGUUCACAGACAAUAAAAACGCACCCUCCUCUG